AUGACGCCCGUUCCUUGGCGCCGAUCGUCACCUCAACCACGCUCCGCGCGCACCACUCCUCAGCUGCCCGAACUUGACGUGGCAUUCCAGGCACACGCCCUCCCCGAGCCCUCCACCCGUCGCCGCGGCCUUCACUGCGCUCAGCCGACCCAAGCCAUGAACCCGCAGAUCUCGCUGCCGCGCCAUGGCGGCCCGUCCAACAACUUCGGCGGCACCGUGCCCAGCAACCGCCGCCAGGGCGUCAAGAUGCCGCGCUUCUUCAAGCGCCUGUUCAAGUUUCCGCAGAUGGACUUCGAGACGGCUGUCUGGGAGAUGAUGAGCCUCAUAAUAGCACCCAAGAAGGUGUUCCGCUCCAUAUACUACCACACGAAGAACACCUGGCACCGCCCUGAUCCCGCCUUCACCUACCUGCUGUCCUUCUUCCUGAUCCUGACCUCGCUCGCCUGGGGUCUGGCCUACGCCGAAGGCUUUGGCAAAACGCUGCGCAUAAUGCUGGUGUUUGUCUUCGUGCACUUCAUUGGCUUGUCUCUGGCUGUCGCGACCUCUGCCUACUUCUUGGUUGGACGACUGUUGGGUCCGGGUGUGCCCGGCUUGCCCGGGCGGCGGAGACAAGGGCUCUUUGUGCAGCCAGGCGACGGAGAGCAGCUCGAGUUUGGAUACUGCUUCGAUGUCUCGAUCCGCGCAUUCUUCCCUGUGUGGUUCUUUCUUUACGUCAUUCAGUUCCUCCUGAUGCCUCUCAUUGCCCGCGACUUUUGGGUUUCGUCGCUUGUUGGUAACUCGUUGUACCUGCUUGCUUUUGGGUACUAUACCAUCAUCACCUUCCUGGGUUAUAACGCCCUCCCUUUCCUUCACCACACUGAGCUUCUCCUCACCCCGGUGGCUGUUUUCACCGUACUCUGGUUCAUCAGCUUGUUCGGCGCCAACCUGCCCAAGCAUUUGGCACCCGUUUUAUGGGCUGGGGCCAAGUUGCGCAAGUCCGUAUGA